CACAGGCCGUCAUAAUCUUUCAAACUUCUUUCGAAAGCAAACAGCAAAAGAAAAAAUUGAGCUCAAAACGACUGAGACGUUUGAAAUGAUAUAUAAAAAAAACCGGUACAACAAAAAGCACACCGACGGACAGAUAUUUUGGUCGGUGAUUUUGGCCGCGCGACAGGGAUUGGCGAGCGGCGAGAUUUGCGAGCCAAGUCGGUGCAGUGCGCGUCCGAGCCUCGGACACUCGAGGCGAUUCCCUCUUUCUCUCUCUCUUUCUUUCUUUGUAGUCACAUUACCUGAGCAAACAUGAAUCUCAUGUUCCGCAAAAAUUUCCGUGCAGAGACCAAGGAGCGGUCGUACGGGGGCGGAGGCAAGAGCUCCGGCGGCCGCCUCCGCACCAGGGGCGCCUCGCGCUCCGACUCGGCCACCGCCGGCUACACCCCCAUGGACGACCAGCCCUACAGAAAUCUGAUGCUGGACAAAAUCACCGGCGGCCAUUUGAUGGACACGAUACGCGAGAACGGGCCUUCAGGGUCGUCGCCGGCCAAGAAAAACCAGGGACGCAGCUCGACGGCCACCACCCCCACUCAGUCUGGACCAAUUAGCCUAAAGACUUUAGACAGAGACUGUUUCAUCAUCCCCAUAACCAGCCUGGACAGAUUUUUGCCUGCCGGAGUCACAUUGCCGACGGCUGAGAAGAGGCCGAGCAGUCUGAGCGUCCUUGAAGUGGACGACCCCAAACUGUGCGUCCUGCUGCACCUGAUGACGCCGAUGACCUCGAUAGAGCCAGAAUUAGAGUCGCCACUCGCGCGGCCGCUGGUGCAGCAAAAAAGCGUGGCUGCCGAGAUUUUGGGCGAAGUCGGCUCGGCCAAGUCGGCCACCGAAGGCAUGUUGCUCUCCAAUAUGGAGCACAACGCCGAUAUUCCAUUCAUUUCCUACUAUGUGAUAAACACAAAGAAGACGGACCCCGACGAGUUCUUCAGAGGGUUGCGGGUCAACUCGCUGCGCAAAUUCGACCCGUCCACAAUGCGCUACACCGCCUCGCACACCAUGGACCUUUUCAACGAAGUGGCCACCAUCGCGCGGCCGCCGCUCCACGAACCGGGCACCAAACCGGACAGGCCGCAGUCCACGGGCUACAUCAUCUGCAUCUACAAGGUUUUUGACGGCGACGACGGCGAAAAAUUCGAGAAAAACUGGCUUUAUUGGACAGGGGCGAGGAUGCUUUACCGGUACCUUCCGCGGUCGGCGGGUCUGCGCCGGAUAACCCUGCACAAAUCGGUGUCCCGUGGCGACAAAAUGUACCUGCUGUUGUGCGAGUGCUCACAAUUCCUGGACGACCUGUCCGCGGCAGCCCUACUCAUUCCAGCCCUUCGCGCCCGCCUCUGCGGCUACACCGGCCUCUACCGGAUGGCCGCCUCCUUCUGAUCCCCCAAAGCAAAUCAAUUUUUCAAACAUACAAUUCUCACACCCUUUGAAAUUUAUCAUAUUGAUAAAUAAUCUGAUUUUUUUUCUUAAAAUUCUCUUUAUCAUAGAAAUAUAGAAUUUCAAAUUCAAUCUAAUUAGGCUUGCUCAAAUUAUAAGCACAAAUUUUCCAUCUCCGAUCUGCUUUUGUAGGUAAAGAGCAGACGUUUUUAAGAGCCAAAAUAUUGAUUCAGUUCCUUUUCUCUAUUUUUAUUUCUGCGCGCUCGUAAAUAAUUAAUUAAGAUGAGUAUCGAGACAAGUCUGAGUUUGUAGGGUUUUUGAGUUUUCGCAUCGUCUUUCAUGGUUCCUGAUGAAUAUAUUUAUCUAAUUAAUAUUUUUCUAUUUUCCCUUCGAACACACGCGAGUCACUUUGUUCCCCAAAAGAUUUUACUAGCUCUUAUAUCUCGUCUCAAAUAACAGGGAUAACAAAAAAGUUUUAGAAAUCUCCUUAGCCAAGUGCUGUGAAGCUUAAGUGAAUCGGCGAUUUAUAUAGAAAUAAUUAUAGUCACAAUGCAGGUCUUAAAUAGGAAUUAAAGAUAAUCAAUGCUUUAAAAGAAUUAUAGUGGUGCUAAAAUAAUGGAUUCAAAUCUAAUUAGGGUAGAGUAACCAUCCGGACAUGCAAACUUUUAAAGUGAUACAAAGACUUUUCCGAGUCGAACGUGAUCAAGAGUGAACGAAGAAAAUCUCCAAGGACGUUUUUCACAGAACUACCUGCCGACAGGAGUUUUUACCUUUGAAGAGCACUGAAUAAAAAUCAAAUUUUGGAAACAGAACUAACCGGUGUACUUUUUUUC